UCUUGACCUUACCGUAUGUGAUAGCUGAUUCCAUGAAGCAUUAUAUAGACUCUACAAACACUAACAACAACAGGACUUCAAUGAAUCUUAUCAAGAUUGAUACUUACUUAAAACAUUUUAUCAACAUGAUAAUACAUAGACUGAAAUUAAUAAGUCCCUCAUCUCCGUUAUUGGGUGUUGGUGAUAUGAUUGAUGCUGUUCGAGAUGCUAAGAUAAGCAGAAGAAAGGAGGAACAGCAGUUGAAGAGGAAAUAUAUAACUAAAGCGUAUCAUCAUGAAGAUGAUAAUGAUGAAGAGAUAAUGAGGGAAUGUUAUAUCUCAUUAAUCAAGUAUUUUACCUUACUAUCAGUGGAUGAGGAUAAGAUGCUUGGGAUUGAGAUUGAGUGUCUCAAGCGACGAGAGUCUGAUAAUCAAUUAUUAGAGUCUAAUAAAAAAUCAACAGAGGAGAAGGAUCAUGAUAAUCGACAUCCACCUGAUAGAAGGAGAAGGAUGCCAUGGGUUGUACGGUUGGGUACUGGUGAUAUAGUAGGAAAAGACAGGUUAGAGGUCAUGAACGGUGUCUUCAAACCUGAUAUACCAAUGCCUACUAUGACACUCGAUGAAUGGGCUGCAAUAGAACAACAGAAUAUGAUGAAAUCCGAAACCAUCAAUGAUGAUGAUGGUAUAUCUUCGGGUAAGGAGGAGGAGGAGGAAGAGUUGAAGGCACGUAAAUGGGAUGAUUGGAAAGAUGAUCAUCCAAGAGGUUCUGGCAAUAAGAUGGCUAAUAUUGGAUAA